AAUAUUCAUAAACUGAAAACAUCUCGCCCCAUUGUAGUAGAAUAUCAAAUUUUAUUUUUGAGUUAUGUCUACCAAAAGUAGCAUUGUAUUAUUUGCAGCACUUGUUUUUAGUUUCUCCCUUGCUGCUGCAUCAGACAUUAGUCCUCUCCAAGAUUUCUGUGUGGCAAACUCCACUAGCCAAGUGCUAGUGAAUGGACUGUCAUGCAAGGAUCCAAAGCUAGUGGAAGCAAAUGAUUUCUUCUUGGGAGGGCUACACAUAGCAGGCAACACAUCGAACCCAGUAGGUUCAAGAGUGACUCCCGUCGCAGCAACUCAAUUACCAGGACUCAACACUCUUGGCAUUUCCAUGGCUCGUGUAGAUUAUGCGCUAACCGGUAUGAAUCCUCCGCACACGCACCCACGAGCUACCGAAAUCCUGACCGUUCUAGAGGGUACACUUGAAGUAGGGUUUGUAACAUCUAACCCCGAAAAUCGGCUUAUUAUGAAAGUUAUUAACAAAGGCGACGUGUUUGUAUUUCCGGUUGGUUCGAUUCAUUUCCAGAGAAAUGUCGGACAAUGUAACGCGGUUGCUAUUGUUGCUCUAAGUAGCCAAAACCCGGGCGUAAUCACAAUCGCUAACGCAGUUUUCGGCUCGAAGCCUGACAUCUUAUCGGAUAUUCUUGGAAAAGCUUUUCAAGUUGACAAGAAUAUUGUUGCUCAACUUCAAGCGAAGUUUUGAAGAAUGAGUUGGUGUAUACUGCCAAGAAAUUGAUUAUGUUUCAAUAAAUUGAACUAGGCUUAUCUUUUAAUUAAUAUUUGAUUGUGGAGUUGUCAUGAGAAUCAUUUACAUUUUCAAAAUUUUGUUGUUGUUUAGAGGCUGCAGAAA